GGUCUACAAAAAACUGUCAUCGGUCUUGGAGUGAUAUGAACGACACUGAAAUUGAUUAUCUCUUAACCAUGGACACCUUUUUGACACAAAUUGGAGUUGGGCAGCGGACACCUCACGAUAAGUUCUUCGACGACACUUAUAAAACAUGUAAAAUUUUCCUAAGAAAAGGUGUUACAAUUAUCGACGAUGAGGAAUUGUGUCACGAACCUGUAAAAGAAUUCACAUGUAAUGUACCUGGCUGCACAGCUACAUUCCAGACGCUUUUUGACUUCGAGGUGCAUUAUAAUGGAUCGCAUAGAUACAUUUGCUUGGAGUGUAAAAAGUGUAGACCGAGUGCCAGGCUUUUGGAUAUACACGUAGAAGAAACCCACGAUAGUUUCUUCAGAGUCUUGGCUGAUCGGCAACCGAUGUAUCAGUGUUACGUGUCCGAGUGCGAAAUGAAAUUUAAAACUCCGGCAGAGAGGCGAGAACAUUCUAUAGCAGUGCACAAAUAUCCCAAACACUUUCGUUUUGACGAAGGAAAUUGGCGGAAAGGCAGAGGAGAUUCUGAGGAUCUAAUGGAAGUUGAUAAGGAACAGCAGUCUACCAAGUCGGAAAAAACUAUCCCUCGAUUAAACAAGAAUCAAAAGUGUAGAACAUUUCGUCCCAGUGAUAAAGAAAUACCAUCUAAAAAUCUUCUCGUAUCAGUGACUUCAAGUUCCGUGGGAAAUGUUGCGUCACCAAAUAAAACUUCCUCUUUAUCCUUUGUUCCUAGGCAGGUGACAUCCUAUUCAAAGGUGCUUUCGAAGCAGAGUAAUUCACACAGGGAUGUAUUAAAUAAUGGAUGCAUGAUGGAAUUGGCCGAUACUCUACCACAAUGAUCAAAAUCUUUAAAACUUUAUUUUUACCCUUCAAGACGGGGUCAAGAAAAAAUUGUAAAGUAUUUUUAUGUAUUGAUAUAUUUUUCUUAAGAUGGAUUAGCGGUUUCAAGUAUAGUCAACGAAUCAGCGAAACUUGUAAUUCGUUUUCAUUAUUAUCAUCUGACGAAGUACAUAAUUCAAAUGUUAUUGAAGGAAAAUGAACGAAUAAAUUGUAUAUAUGUCAAAGUAAAAAAAUGUUUGUUUCUUUAUUAUAAAUAUAGCAUCUUACAUAUUGCAACUGUAUUUAUUUUUACAACAGGGAAUUUUUGAUUUUUCGCCCAA